GUAUUUAGUCAUCGCCACAAUUCGCUCACGAACAACUGAGUAUGAAAGGACACUCAACUUCUUGACGAUCCCCAACAUCACUCAGGCUGUACCUGAUCAACCCCUUGAUCGUAGCGCCAUCAGGAUACCUGCCAACAUCAAGCUUGCUGAUCCUAACUUCCAUCAUCCAGCAUCAGUGAACAUGCUCCUUGGAUCUGGACCAACACUUUCACUCCUCUGCCAAGGCAAGGAAAAGCUCACGCCAGCAGAUCAACCAGAAUUAUAUCUUCAACAGACUUUGCUCGGCUGGGUAAUCGGAGGGAGCGCGCCAACAAUGCAGACAAUACGUCGACGCGUAUGCAACGUUAUCAGCACCUCCAACCUUGACUUCGAUCUCUCCAAGUUUUGGGCGAUUGAAGAAGCUGACGCCACUUCAUCUUCAACCAGUACUGAGUCUGAUUGCGAACGACACUUCCUGAAGAAUAUCAAACGCGACAACACUGGUAGAUACAUUGUUGCUUUGCCGUUCAACGGGAAGGAAUCUCUGAUCGGCGAGUCACGAUCACGAGCUUUCCGCCGCCUCAAAUCUCUGGAAAGAAGACUGGAUGGCAACGCAGACCUCAACACUCAAUAUCGUGCAGUCAUUCAAGAAUAUUUAGAUCUUGGUCAUCUCACGGAAGUGACUGGAGCAGAUUUAUCCAGCUUCGGAUAUUAUCUGCCACAUCAUGCUGUGAUCAAGGAAAGCAGCUUGACGACGAAA